UCCGUGAGCCGGGGAGGAGGGAACAAGAGAGUGACGCCGGCGGCGGCCAAUGGAGAGGGGGCUUCCGGCUGCGUCGGCCCAAUGGGCGCCUCGGAGGGGCGUGGCCGGAGCGGAGUGAGGCGAAGUUGUGGAGGAGGCGCCUGGCGGGGAAGAUGGCGGACUUCCUGAAAGGCUUGCCCGUCUAUAACAAAAGCAAUUUCAGCCGGUUCCAUGCAGACUCCGUAUGUAAAGCGUCAAACAGAAGGCCUUCGGUUUACCUCCCCACCCGGGAAUAUCCCUCAGAACAAAUCAUUGUAACAGAAAAGACAAAUAUACUCCUGCGUUACCUACAUCAGCAGUGGGACAAAAAGAACGCGGCGAAGAAGCGAGACCCCGAACAAGUGGAGAUCGAAGGCGAGAACUCGGCCCCUCCCCGCAAAAUUGCCCGGACAGACAGCCAAGACAUGAACGAGGACACUUAAAACAAAACAAAACAACGACGCAAAGAAAAACACACAAAACACUCUUGCGUUUGUUUGCCUUUGGCGUUUCCACCUUUCCAGGCGCUUCCCCUGCGUGCGGGGUCCCGACUAUGGUUUGUUGUUAUUAUUAUUACUGCUAAUAAUAAUAAUAUUUCCGGUCUUUCGAACACCCCCCCCCCACCCACCCCCUUUCCCCCUCCGUCCGCACCACUUAGGAGCCGAUUCGUAUUUAUUCCGAGGGAGAGAGAGAAGGGGGAGGGAGCCCUUCCGUGUUUUUUAAAUAUUAUUAUUUAUACGUGAUGAAAAUGUCACCAACGGCCCUUUAAUUAAGUAAUUAAUCAAGGUCUCUUUGGGGAGCUUUCCCCCUUUUUGAGGCGCAUCAGAGCCUCUGAAAAUCCAAAUUCUCCGGAUCCCUGCAGAUGCCUUUCUUCCGAGGGCAGGGAUGCCAAGAUGACCCCCCCCCCUUUUUUUCUUUUUUGAGGGAUGUGUGACCCGCUUUUGUCUCAGUUUCUCCCCGAAUCUGGUAGGUUUGCAAGCCAAACAAAAGGAAAGCAAGGCCUGGCGGUCCCGCCGACCCCCCUCCCCUCCUCUCUUUGUCUCGCGCACCAGUCUCUGAACGGACCAGAUCUGUAGAAUAAAGAAGGAUAUUUCUCACUG